GUCCUUCGAAAACAAGUUUGGGAACAAUUUCAAUAUGGCGGAAAUAAGUAGACACACUAUUUAGAUUAUGUCUUGGAAAGGUUUGGAAGGUGAAGAUUUGGUACAGAAUCUGAGACAAUUGGUCAUUAGUUUUGAACCUCAGAUAAGGGAAGCUGGAACUGUUGACCAAUCAGAAGAAGCUUUGUAUCAUCUUGAGGAAAAUGAUGAACAUUUCCAUAGACAUGAAUUUGUUAAGGUGUUAAGAAGAAAACUAGAAGAUAUUAUUGGUCCACUAGCAGAAGAAGAAAUAGAAAGAUUUGAAUCUAGUAUACAUGAUUCCAAUGGACAAGAGACACUCAUCAACAAAAUUACAGAUAAGAUACUUCACUCAAGACAUUAUAAUGACUUGUCAAAGAAGUUACGAGUUAAUGUUCAAGGUGCUGUUGAUGAAUUGAUACGAAACUUUGAUGCUGAGUUCGGUGGUAAUAGUCAUCAUGAGACCUCAGAUCAUCAGAUACGGAGGUCUUACAUGAGUGAUGAAGAUGAUGAAUCUUGUGGGAGUUCUUUUGGUCAGGGUAUGUUUUUCAACAACCAUGAAAUAAUGCAGCAAGUUGCAGAGAAGAUGAGUCGACACAGAGAUAAUGUGGUACGAGUAGAAGCAUUGCAGACUCUUAAUCAGAACUUACCAGCAGACUUUAUCAGUAGUGAUCAUUGGCCAACAAUGAAACGUCAUCUCAUAGACGCUCUGGAUGAAUCCAAUGUACAAAUAAUGCAUUUGAGUACCAAAUUUAUAACAAGAGCUUUCACCAACACAUCACCACAGACAAGAGAAGUCUAUACAUUAUUAGUUGAAUACUUGAUUUCCCAGUUCAAUACAAAGAAGGGAAACACCAUACCAAAUAUAAAGAGUGGAUUAGACUUCACCAAUCCUGAAAAUGUCAAAUUAAUGAAAGCUUUCCGUUUAUUGAAUGAGUUCCAACAAGAAACCAUAAAUUAUUGGAUAAGAUAUCCUGACAGAUAUUUGGAAGAGAUAAUUGAGAGUACAUUAACCUUAUAUGCCAUAAAUCAGAAUGGGAGUCAAGGUGGAGCUUCAGUUCAGUUAUCACCAGUACAUUUUAUAGCCUUAAUAGACCCAAAGGCACAGUGGUUCAUCAAAUGGAUGCAUGGAAACUACAGUAGACAAUGUCUUCUUCGAAUGUUAGAGAAAUACAGACCAAUAGUAACGAAUGCCAUACGACAUUGUCUGGAGUUUUCCCUACACAGAAAACAUUCUGCUGACCUAACAGACAGAUCUGAAGCCAGAGCUAUAGAGAACAGAAGAAGUUAUUACACAGAAGCUGAGCUGGAGUAUGCUUUCUUUGUUCACUCUGCCUUUAUGCUUGGUAGGAUGAUGUGCUUUGUGAAUGGAAGGAGGUUUUUCCCUAUCAAAUUAAAGGAAGCAGAUGAAACAGUAACAGUGACUAAAUUACUUGUAUCCAUGGUUGUACUGCUUGUUGAUCCAUCUCCAUCUAAACAUUUAUCAGUUGUAUAUGAGCCAGGUAAUUUAGUGACAGAGAUUGUAAAAGGAAUAUGUAAUUCAGAGCAAGUGUGUGAGAUAUGUAUGUAUAAAGAUGAGAUAAUAACAGCUUUACUGGCUCCUGUAUCGCAUUACUUAGAACCAAAGAAGCAUAACUAUGCACCUAGUGAGAACACAAUGUUACAUGUGGCUGAUCUGUUUGCCAUGGUGGCAUCAAGUACUAGAGGCAGACGACACUUGAUGUAUGGUGAAAGGAAAGAUAUGUUUACUAAACCAAAUGUAUCAUCUGCUGCCCAUGUGAUAGCAAGGUUUACAAAGAGGGCAUUACUUGACAAACUUCCAAAACAGUCUGGACCAAAGCCCUCCCAGGCUGUGAUUGGAGCAUUCCUCUAUAUCUGUAGACAGCUAUAUAACACAUGUGAAGGAUUACUUGUACUUUAUCAGUAUGAACUACAUAAAGUUGUGGCAGAAGCCUGGAGAGAGGCCUACUCAGAAGCAGAAAGAACAGACACACCCACCUUGUCUGAUGAUAGUUCUGAUUCUACUGCAACUACAACUAAAGCUUAUGACAUAAAUGCUUGGGAAGACACUCUAAGAGAUAACUUACUGAACUUUGCUAGUACUGCUAAAGGAAUAUUGUUGUUACAGCAAACCAAAGCUAUGAAUGAAUGUAUGACCUAUAUGUAUGAUAGAUAUAAAAACAAAUUACAGGUUAGCAAAUGUGAGAAGUUUGGUUAUGGUUUUAUGGUUACACAGGUAGCAGGAACUGCCCCUGGCAUGGUUGCUCUACAGAAAACAGGAUAUAUUAAAGCAUUGCUGUCAGAACUGUGGUCAGUGUUAGAGUCCAGUCCUUUAGAUACAGUAUUGUUUACACCAAAGGCCUGGCCAGUGGACCCUAUAGAAAGAUCAUCUCAUAAGAGUUUGAUAAAAUUGUUGAAUGUGUUAUCAAGCUUUUAUGCAGUGUAUGAAUUAUUGGGAGAUAAAAGUUUACCAAAGAAAGAAAGUUACGGUUUUAGAGAAAUUCCUGAUUCAGUUGUGGAGUUUGUAGACAGAUUUGUGAUUGUGGACUCACCAGCAAAAAUUCAUUCAUUAUUUAAUUUUGAACAGUCUCAUGUGUUUGGGCUCAGAGUUCUUAGUGUGAUGAUUUCCUGUUUGGAUACCUAUCUGUUACUGCAGUCACAGUAUAAGUUCCAGGAUAUACUGCUUACUUCACAGGCUGAAAAUCAUACUAAAGACCGAGAAGAGAUAAUAAUAGACAUGUUAUCUAUAGAAAGAAAUUAUGUACUAGUCAGAGCGUUCUUAAUAGGUGGUCCUUCUGAAAGGAUUCUACCACCAAGAGGGCUAGACAUGGACACUCGUGGACAUGUAUACCCUUAUCCAUUGAUAUCAUCCUAUCCUGUACCUAGAGCUUACAUUCCUAACUUGGGAGCUAGAUCUACUGUUAAACAAGAGUCCGAAUCAGAUGAAGCUUUGUUUGAUCUUCAAGAGAAUGACCUGGUGAAGUUCCUUUCACUGAAGAAGCAUGACCAAGGAAAGAGUUGGCUAGACAAAUGUAGAGUUAACCUUAUCAAGAUUUUAUUAAACAGAGCAGACUUAGUCAAAGGAAAUGUUAUCCAGCAGUUAUUGGAUGUAGCAACACCAAUCAUGUCAAAGAUACAGGAAGAGUCCAUCUUUCCUUCAGUAGAUUAUACAGUUAUACAUAGGGGCAAAAUAUACAGAUCAUCUAAAGUCUUGUGGUCUGAAAAUUCCUUGAAAUCAUUCCAGUUAACUCCAUUACAACAACUGGGCAUUAAGAUUGCAAUCAGAUAUGGAAUCCAUCUUAAAGUGAUCCACACAUCAUCUGAUGUGACAGAGAAACUGACGUUACUAUUGAAACAGUGUGCUUUCUAUCUGCAGCAACAGCAGAGACCAGAACAGAGAGGGGGGCAUGCUAAAAUCAAAUUUAUUAGUAACAGAUACCCAGGAUUUGACUGGUUUGCAGCAACUGUUUUCCUAAUAUUUAAUGGAAACGUAGAAAAGUCUUGGCAUUUCUUACACAAGUUUUCCUGCUUAGGAUCAUCUGGAUAUCUAUGGCCACAUAGGCUUCAUUGUUCUGUUCACCUUCCCUCAGCUGUAAUGAUCAGUGGUAUUGCACCAUUGUUUUCUAGUACUGGACACAAUAUAGAACUUUUACUUCAAAUAGAACUUCCAUUGGUAGCUUCAGCUUUUAAAAUGUCUGGUUAUACUGCAGCUCAGAUUUGUAUGCAUUGGUUGAAGCAAUGUUUCUGGAACUACCUGGAUUGGUUAGACAUAUGUCAUUACAUAUGUAUUAGUAUAAUCAUGGGUGUGGAUUACCAAGUGUAUUUGUGUAUUGCCAUCCUAAGACAUCUACAGAAAGAAAUUAUGGAACACCUGCAAACACAGGAUCUAAUAAUAUUUUUGAAGGAAACAGCAAUUCAUGGUUUUCACGUUGCUGAUAAUAUAAAGUAUAUGCAGAGUUUAGAGAAAAGAUACCGUAAGAUAGUCCUACCAGAUAUGAUGCAUGUUUCCACUCCAUGAGAAAGAUAAAAAUAGAAAAAAUCUGUGAUAACAUGAGAAGUCAUAUGCUAGAACUGUUGACAGUGAAGAUAAAACUGUGAUAAAGGAAAGCUGAAAACCGAGAAAAUAUUGGUGGCUUCAUUUUGUAAAUGUUGCAAACAGAAAUGACAUGAUAAUAUAUGUUUAUAGUGAAAAUGUAGUAGAUUUGAUAUUGAGCCAUAAUCAACCAAUCAUCUUUGACAAUUUAGAUACCAAAGUUUAUUUUAUGCACUCUAAUCUUAGAUCAAAGUGUUUUAUUACAUUCAUGAAUCUCAAAUAAACAUUUUACAUAUAGAAAAAUAUUAUGAUUUUAAAAUUCAUAAAUGUUGUGCCAUUUUUUAGUUGAUUAGAAAUCAUGGAAAAUAUAGAGGAAAUAAAUCUAUAUUUUUUUAGAUAUGAAAUGAACUUUUUUUGCAUUAAGUUAUCAUAUUCAAGACAUACCAAGUUAUUAUGUUAAUCAAAUAUUGAAGGACCAUAAAGUGUAAUCCAAUGGCAAUUUUCAUAUAUUUUGAAAAAUCUGCUGAGUAUAUGUAUGUUAAUACAUUUUUAUUUUACCUCAUUACAUAUCUUAUACAUAUAUAAAACAAUCCAUUCCAGCAAUAUCAGUGUUAAAAUGGUACCUACAUCUUAUGUAUGACAGAUCUGUUUUAAGUAUAUAUUUAUAAAAUAAAUUGUAAUAUAAAUUGAUAUCUUACAAAUGGAGUGAUCUCCCUUAAAAAUGAAACACAAUAUUAUGCUACAUAAACAUUUUUUUAAUUUUUCAAAAGUAGGAUAAAGCCAAGCCUUGGGAAACAUGGCAUGUGCUUUAUCCCAAGUCAUUUUCAAAAUACCAUCUUUAACAAUAUACUGGUUCAUGGUAAAACAAAUUAUUCAAAAAUCAUACUUUUUGCAAUCAUCUUGGAAGAAUUUUCCUAAAGGGUGGAUGUUUAACUAAAUGUUUAUAUUGCCAUCAUUUUUUAAACCGGUGGUGUAAUAUUAUUUGUUAUUAUUGAAUUAAGUAGUUCACUUGACUUAAUAUUUGGGUUUGAUUAUAUUGUUUGAACAAAUUUUGUCCAUUUGAUUGUAUAUUUAUCUUGAAAAUGUAUACAUGCAGUAUAGAUUGUAAAAAAAAAAAUACAAGACAAUAAAAUGUAUUUGAUAGUAAAAAUAGGGCUUUUGUUUAGCUGUUAAGGGCAUAAGAUUCAAUUACAGAGCAUCGCUAACAUAAAAUGUUAUUUUUUGUAAUGUUUAAAUGUGACAUAAAUGGGAAAGUGUGUUUGUCAACUGAUUUUAAUCAUUAGCUUGAAAACAAGAACAUGGAUCCCUCUUUUAAAAAUUACAUUUGGCUAAAUUAGAAAGGAAGAUUAUUUGUACCAAUUUUUAUAAAGAAAUCACCAAUGAAUUUUUUUUAAAUUUUAGAUAAACAGAAAAUAAAUCUUUUUUUUUAAACCAUGAAAAUUUUAAUAAAAAUUAAUUAUUUCCAAAAAAUUGUUACACUAGUUUAGAGCAUAUUUUAAAUUGAAGAAGAUAUUCCAAAUGUUUUUACAAAAAUCUGCUUGAGUUUAUCAUUUGAAACAAAUAAGUUAGGAAUGUGUGUCCAAAGGAUAGAAAUGUCAAAAACAAAAUAUUGAGUAAAUGUCUAAAAUUUCCACCCCAUAUAUCUCUAAAAGAAGCACAUGAAGGUAUUUUUUCAUAAAAUAUUCAAAUUGACUAGGUGAAAAAUAGCUUGUAUUCAAAUAUUCUUUAAAAGAUCCUGAUGGGAUCAAAACUUAAUUGUAAGCCCUUGUUUGUGAUAGUGUGGAUGGACAACACUGUCACCAGUACUGUACUUGUUAUGGUUACAGUUACAUUGAAAAAUAGAGUAGUUUAAGUUUUAACAAUAAAAAUGUACAAAAUUUUCAAUUGUAAUAAAGAAUUAUCCAAUCUGAAAUUAAGCCAAAAGAGUAUAUUUUUACUUAUCAAAAUUUGUCCAGGAUCAUCAUUGUGUUUUUUCUGUUAAAAAUUGACAAAUUCAGGUUGUUAUAAUCUAUUAACAAAGUAAAAAAUACUUUAGAUAACACAUUUGGGGAAAGUGUUUUCUUUUCAUUUUUGUUGCACCAGUCCUCACUUUUUCCUGGACUUCCUGUGUCAUUCAGUCUGUAAAUUGCAACUACUUUGUCAAAAAUCUUAAAAUGUUUGAUAUUGUUUAAACAGAUAUAUUUGGGAUUAACUUUGUCCAUUUAAGCAGCAAUGUUUUGGGACAGGAAUUGAUAAUUUUCUAAAAGGGUAAAAUCUUACAGCCCUGGAUCCUCUUUAUACCUCAAAUUCGAAAAAAAAAUCUCUGGGAAGCUUUAAAUAAAACUUAGAUGUAUGAAACAACUCCAUGUCCUAUUGACCAAAUCUGAAAGAUAUGUAUUUCUUUUUGACACAGGAUUGAAAUAAUAUUUUUUUUUUAGCAAAAUUCAAUUUAAACACAUAUCAAGGGCUGCAUGGUAUUUUAUUUGCUUUAUACAUGUUAUAGUAGUUUUUGUAUCGCCUGCAACGAAAGUCGCAGAAAGUGAGACAUAGGUAUUACUAUCCGGCGGCGGCGGCGUAAACUAUUUGUAUAAAGCUUUAUAUUUCAGAAGGUAGAAGACCUGGAUGCUUCAUACUUUGUAUGCAGAUACCUUAUGUUACGAACUUUCCAUCUGUCAUAUGUCCAAUGUCCUUGACCUUAUUUUCAUGGUUCAGCGACUGCUUGAAAAAAAAGUUUAGUUUUUUUGUUAUGUAAAUUUCUCACUUAUUAUGAGUAAUAGGAUAACUAUAUUUGGUAUAUGGGUUCCUUGCAACGUCUACAUGUCCAUCAGACAGGGUUCACUUGACCUCAGCCUCAUUUCAUGGAUCAGUGAUCAAGGUUAAAGUUACGUGAUUAGGUCCGUUUCUCAGAUACUACAAGCAGUAGGUCAGCUAUAUGUGGUGUAUGGAAUGAUUAUAAGGGAUACAUGUCAGUCUGUCAGGUUUCAUCUGACCUUGACCUCAUUUUCACGGUUCAUUGGUCAAUGUUAAGUUUUUGUGUUUUGGUCUGUUUUUCUUAUACUAUAAGCCAUUGGUCAACUAUAUUUGGUGUAUGGAAUGAUUGUAAGGUGUACAUGUCUGUCUGGCAGGUGUCAUUUGUCCUUGACCUAUUUUCAUGGUUCAUUGGUCAAUGUUAAGUUUUUGUGUUUUGGUCUGUUUUUCUAAUACUAUAAGCAAUAGGUCGACUAUAUAUGGUGUAUUGAAUGAUUGUAAGGUGUACAUGUCUGACUGGCAGGUGUCAUUUGUCCUUGACCUCAUUUUCAUGGUUCAUUGGUCAAUGUUAAGUUUUUGUGUUUUGGUCUGUUUUUCUAAUACUAUAAGCAAUAGGUCAACUAUAUUUGGUGUAUUGAAUGAUUGUAAGGUGUACAUGUCUGUCUGGCAGGUGUCAUUUGUCCUUGACCUCAUUUUCAUGGUUCAUUUAUCAAUGUUAAGUUGCUCUUGUUUGGUCCUCUUCUCAGAUACUAUAAGUUAUAGGUCAACUAUAUGUGGUGUAUGGAAUGAUUGUAAGGUGUGCACGUCUGUCUGACAGGUUUCAUCUGACCUUGAGCUUAUUUUCAUGGUUCAUUGGUCAAUGUUAAGUUUCUGUUGUUUGGUCUUCUUCUCAGAUGCUAUAAGUAAUUGGUCAACUAUAUUUGGUGUAUGGAAUGUAUUUUAUUAUUUAACUGCUGAUUGCUUACAUUGAAAUAGAUUAUUUUAUAAAAAUCUUUAAAUAACAUUAAUAAUGAUAAUAAAUAAUAAAAACUUUUAAGGGAUCAUUACUAGACCGUGAUUAACAAAAACAUUGGAAGGUGUGAAAAUGUUAAAAUAAGGUCACUCAUGCAUGAAUGUUUAACAUAGAAUACAGUUCACUCCAGUCCCUUCAUAAAGAUUAAUUGGCUGAAUAUGUACAGAUUGAAGAACUUUUGAAAUUUUGUUUGCACAACAGAAUCACAUUUACUGAUUUUUGAUACAUAUGAAAUAAGAUAAGUAUUGAGAUAAGUAAAAAAUAUAUUGUAUGGAAUGAUUGUACGGCCUACAUAUUUGUCUGAUAGGGUUUAUCUCACCUUGACUUCAUGUUCAUUCAUCAUUAAAAUGUUAAUUUAAUGUAAAGCUUAUAUAAACUUAUUUUUUUUACUUUCAACAUAAAUUCAAUUGUGAACACUAAAACAGGCGAGACAUUUCAGUGUGUCCACUCUUGUCUACCUUAUGCAUUGAAUAUAUCUCAUUUAAAAAAUUAUUUAUUUAUUUUUUGUUUAUAAUAUGUAUUGUAUGUUUUUACAUUUUCUUUCCUUAGAAAGAUUUUAUACCAAAGUAACAAAUAUACUGUAAUGAAGGGAGAUAAAUUAAAAUGUUGAAACUUU